UUUCGACGUUUUGUGGCUUCUUUUGCAGUUAACUAAACUGAACCUAGUCCAGUAACGUUGGGCCGUACCGUGCGCUUUUUCAUCCAGCGGCCGUGAUUAGUUGUUCCCACAGUGCGUAGAUGGCGACGGUGGCAACGAGCUGCCUAUCGGAUGUUUCGCCGUUUCGCUACCAGUUUGUACGAUGUAUCUACCUGUCCAUCAUGACUAGUGGAACCGAGUGUGUGGUGUACCGCUACUACGGCUUUGACAAAUUUGAUUGCUUCACAUGGGAUCCUGCGAAGCCUUUUCGCUUGUGCCCGGAGGAUGUUGGUGCGGUGCGGUCGGUGCAUGUUGGCUGGGCAAACGCUAUAUUCGUAACAGAGGCCAGUAUUGCUGAGCUCCGUGGACUUGGUGGCCCCAAGCAGCUAGACGCAGGGGCCACGCAGGCAGUCCUUGGCAUACGGGGGCACUGGAUAGUACUUGGUGUAAAGGCGGCCGUUCUUGGACGAGGCUGCAAGACACUGCGGCUGUUGGGCCCUCUGCAAGCAGCUGCCCUGGGUCCUACUCUGGCAUUGCUUCUGUGCUACAAUGGCUCUAUGCAAGAAGUGCACCUCGAUGGCUGCAGGAUGAGCUCGGUGCCGGUGGAGCACAGGGUGCGCCACGUGAGCUGCGGCCACGGCCACCAGCUGGCGCUCACUGUGGAUGGCCAGCUGCUGAGCUGGGGAAAUGGUGGCCACGGCCAGUUGGGCCAUGGUGGCCUGGAGUGUGUGCAAUCUCCGCGGCUGAUCGAGCCCCUAGCCGGUGUGGUCCUGGUAGGCGCCGCUGCGGGUGGCUGGCACUCGGCCGCGCUCAGCGAUGCGGGUGACCUCUACCUCUGGGGCUGGAACCUCAACGGCCAGCUGGCCACUGAACCCAAGCAAAAGCCGCUUUCCGCGCUGCCAGUGCUACUAGACAUGGAUGUGCGCGCGGUCAGCCUGGGGUCGCGCCACACCGCUGCUCUAUCAGGUACGUUGCUCAUCCAUCAUAACUGGGACAGCCAAACUGUUUUCGCAGGCAACAACUCAGCUUGGGCCUGGGGCAGCAACGCAUACGGACAGCUGGGGCCUGGCGCAGAUGGAAUGGCACAAAGCACCAAGCCGGUGCGACUGGCAGCUAAGGACGCAGUCGCCGUGCACUGCUCACCUUGGGCCACCCUGUUGUCAAUAAAGUUAUGAGCUUUUCCUGUUA